AUGAAUGAAUUUCGUCAACGCUUUGUCCCAUUGAGCAUAGGAGACGCAGUGAUUGACAUAGCCUACGGACGAGCGGUAUUUGGUUGCGCUAACGUGGAUGAUCCCGCGUCUACGAAUGCCGCAGUGGCUCAGUUCACCGAAAUUCUACUCGCACUGAAUAACCCGGACAUCGUUCCUGUGUGCUAUCUCUCCAAUCCAGCUGCCUCUAAAAACAUCAAUCCAGCCCCGGUCGAUUUGAAGGAGCUAUUGAUGAACUUGGAAGCCGACUCACGCAACUUGCAGGAGAUGGCCAAUCGCUCUUUUAUGCCCACUGAACAUCUUGCUAGCUAUUAA